AUGGAGAGAGCACCUCAGAUCAUCAUGUUCCUCCUACUCUCCUUCCAUUUCGGUGUAGCCCAAAAUGCUACCAGGAAUGGAGGAGCAGAUGGGUUCCCAGUUGGAGUGAUCCUUGACUUGCAGUCCUUGGUGGGGAAAAUAGCACGGACCAGCAUCUUGAUGGCGAUGGAUGAUUUCUAUGUGGCACACAGAAACUACAGCACAAAGAUAGCUCUCCACAUCAGGGAUUCCGAAAGUAAUAAUGUCCAAGCUGCAUCAGCAGCUCUUGACCUUCUGGAGAAUCACAAUGUACAAAUUAUCAUAGGCCCUCAGAAAUCCUCACAAGCUUCAUUUCUAUCAGAUCUUGGAAACAGAAGUCAGGUCCCUGUAAUCUCCUUCACAGCAACAAGCCCAUCUCUUUACUCUGCCAGUCUUCCUUAUUUCGUUCGUGCAACGUUGAAUGACUCUGCACAAGUACAAAGUAUUGCCAGCCUAAUCAAGACCUAUGGUUGGAGAGAGGUAGUUCCAAUUUAUGAAGACAGUGACUAUGGUAGAGGUAUCAUACCAUAUCUCGCAGAUGCUCUCCAUGACAUCGAUGCUCUUGUUCCCUAUCGCAGUGUUAUCCCUCUGUCAGCAACUACCGAUGAAAUUAGGGAAGAACUAUAUAAGCUCAUGACAAUGCAAACAAGGGUCUUUAUUGUGCAUAUGUCAUCUACUUUGGCUGCAUCCCUCUUCACAAAGGCAAAAGAGGUUGGCAUGAUGAGCAAAGGAUUUGUGUGGAUCAUGACAGAUGGAAUAACCAAUAUCAUAGACUCCAUGAACACUUCAGUUGUGGAGGCAAUGAAUGGUGCCUUGGGUAUCCAGUUCUAUGUUAAUAAAUCAGAACUUGAUAGCUUCACCAUAAGAUGGACCAGAAGAUUCCAAAUUGAUAACCCAAAUGAUCCACCGCUGAAACCAAGUAUAUUUGGACUGUGGGGCUAUGAUACUAUAUGGGCAGUUGCCCAAGCAGUUGAAAAUGUGGGGGUUAAGACGAGAACAUCAUUUCAAAAACCAUCAGUUGCAAGAAACUCAACAAGCUUGGAAAACAUGGGAACUUCUGUCUAUGGCCCAGAACUCCUAAAGGUCAUCUUGAAAAAUAAAUUCAGCGGUAAGAGUGGCUAUUUUGACCUUUCAAACAGACAGCUGCAAGUGUCCACAUUUAGCAUAAUAAAUGUAUUUGGGAAAGGGUGGAAAGAUAUCGGGUUUUGGAAUGAAGGAAAUGGUAUGUUGCGACAGUUAAAUCUUGGAAAGUCAAGAAUGCAGUCUGCUGGCUCAGUUUCUGACUUAAACCCUGUGACAUGGCCAGGAAAUUCAACAGAAAUUCCAAAAGGAUGGGAAAUCCCUGUAAGUGGAAAGAAACUUAAGGUUGGAGUUCACAAAAGUGCAUACAAGGAAUAUAUGACGAAUGAAAGGGAUCCCAUCACAGGUGUAAUUAAAGCAAGUGGCUUCUCAAUCGACAUAUUUGAAGAGGCAGUAAAAAGACUUCCUUAUGCACUACCUUAUGAAUAUGUAGCAUUUGACACAAGCCGGGAUACAAGUACCGGAAGUUAUGAUGAUUUUGUUUACCAAGUUUAUCUUAAGAAAUAUGACGUGGCCAUUGGAGACAUAACAAUCAGGUAUAGCAGAAUGGCCUAUGUUGACUUCACUGUACCAUACACAGAAUCAGGAGUGGCAAUGAUCGUUCCAUCCAAGGGGAUAGUAGACAAAACAUGGAUUUUCCUGCAACCACUGUCACGUAACCUGUGGUUUGCAACCAUCAUAAUGUUUGUCUACACAGGGUCUGUUGUAUGGUUAUUGGAGCUUCUAGGCAAGAAAAGAAAUGUCCGUGAACCAAUUCCCAGGAAGAUUGGGAUUGUGAUAUUCUUCUCCCUAUUUGGAGAUAAUGAAAGAGUGGAGCGCAUCCUAUCUCGGAUAGUUUUGAUUGUAUGGGUGUUUUUCUUCCUUGUGCUUUCGUCAGGUUACACUGCAAACUUGGCAACAAUGUUGACUGUAGAACAGCUAAAACCAACUAUAAGCAGUAUUGAUGAAGUUCGAAAAAGUGGGCUAAAUGUAGGGUACCACGAUGGUUCCUUUGUCAAAAAUCUUUUAGAAGAUCUUAAUUUUAACACAUCGAAGAUCAAGGCAUAUGAUACCCCUGAUGAUUUUUACAAUGCAUUAUCAAAAGGAAGCAACAAUGGUGGUAUUGCUGCCUUCGUGCAUGAAGUCCCAUACAUCAAAUUGUUUCUUGCCAAGCACUGCAAAGAGUACACAAUGGUUGGACCAUUUUAUAAGACAGCAGGUUUUGGAUAUGCAUUCCCAAAAGGAUCUCCUCUACUUGGAGACAUUUCAAAGGCAAUCCUCAACAUAACAGAGGGAGACAGUAUCAUGCAACUUCAGAAAAAAUGGGUUGGGUAUCAAAAUGACUGCAAAAGUGUGGAUUCUGCAUUGGGCUCUGUGUCUGAUCCAGAUAAACUUAGCGUCGACAGUUUUAAGGGCCUACUCAUACUUACUGGUGUUGCCUCAACUUCUUCCCUUAUCAUAGCUGUAAUGAUUUACUUGUAUGAGAAGCACAAGACAAUGAUUAGAAUGCAGCCAGACCAAAAUGGAGAAGAUUUAGAAGAAAAUGACAAGCCACAGGAAGUGAAUGGAGGAGGAAGAACUGAAGAAAACAAUCAUCCUGGAGAAGGUAUAGGCCAAAGUGGCCAGAUACAAGAGGAAACUAGAGGACAAGAAAUGGGUAACAUAAAUCUACAAAGAAGCAAUUUUAGGCGGAAUGGCUCAAGUUUAAUUUGGCGUGAAAGAAAUCAUGGUGCAAGGGUGGCACCCAUUUCAAGUUCAAGUCAUUUUUAG